CGGGCCUCGGAGCGAAGCGAGCGUCGCGAUAUUCGUGUCUCGUAAUCCGCUAUCCGGACGUGGACGAGUGAAAUUUUCGACAGAAUUUUAUCGUUCCGAUAUAAAAAGAGAUUGCACGAGAGUUCAGUGAAGUGUGAUGUUCCUCAGCGCAACUGCGCUGAGAUAAGACACCUGAAAGGACUCGAGUGGAUACCUAUAACUCGCGCUUACAAAAUCACAGAGAAAUCGCUCUUUCCGGCUCUUUAACGUUUCAGUUCAAAGAGUCGAGUCAAGUUUUCCAGGAUAUAAUCCUGUCAAUCUGUUGCGCUGACAGCUCCGGCAGAGAUAAAAGAUAGUAUAAAAUCACGAUGAUGUUCCACCACAAUGCGAUACCUGAUCUUCUGUCUCAAUAAGCGAAUAUUAUUAUUCGGUCGUCUGCCUGAGGCUUAAUUCAAGGGAAUCAGCGAUCGAUUUACAUGGAUUCGAAUUUAUUGACCGCUGCGACUAACCGAUCUGCUACUUGCACCGCCUUCGAUGGAUGUCUGAAAGGAACGCGACUCGAGAGCAGUCCCUACAGAAGCAGACGGUUCUGCAAGUGGAAGGUGGUCGGCGAGAAUAAUACAGGACAAAGAUGAUCCUCGAUCUAUUCGCUGGAUUUUUGGGAGGAUCUGCCGGUGUUGUUGUGGGAUAUCCCCUGGACACGGUCAAGGUCCACAUGCAGACACAGGAUUGCCGCAAUCCGAAAUAUCGGGGCACCUGGGACUGUUUUCGCACCAUACUCGCGAAAGAAUCGGUGACUGGCCUCUACAGAGGCAUGACCUCCCCGAUCGCGGGGAUCGCAGCGGUCAACGCCAUCGUUUUCGGCGUUUAUGGCCAGACUCAGCGGCACAUGCCCGAGCCCGACCGUCUGUUCACGUGCUUCCUGGCCGGCGCUUCAGCCGGGCUCGCUCAGACCCCGGUCUCUAGUCCGAUAGAAUUAGCGAAAACACGACUGCAGUUGCAGUCCUCUGAGAGCCAGCCAGGAGCUGGCUCUCAGAGCUCUCAGGGUCCGUUGCAGUGCUUGAAGAAGAUCUACAAGCGAGAGGGCUAUCGCGGAGUCUUCAAGGGUCUCAGCAUCACGUUCUUCAGGGAGGGUCCCAGCUACGGCGUGUACUUCGUCACGUACGAAAUUCUCACGAGAACGCCCUCGAAGCAGCCGAUCUCAACGUUCCACAUGCUGCUAGCGGGCGGCCUCGCCGGUUCCGCUUCCUGGGUGAUCUCCUAUCCCAUCGACGUGAUCAAGUCGCGCAUCCAAGCGGAGAGCGGCGAUCGUUACUCGGGAGCCUUGGACUGUCUGAGGAAGUCCGUGCGCGCCGAGGGAUACACCUGCCUGUUUCGCGGCUUGAACUCUACCAUCAUCCGCGCUUUCCCGACGAACGCGGCGACCUUCGCCGUGGUCACGUGGACGUACAGGUUGCUCGGCGCGCAGCCGAGUGAAGCGUCGACGAACAAAGGGACUCACGGGCUCGCGUCGAGCAAGCAGCCGAGGGAAGGCGCGUCCAAGAGUUACGAGUCUUUCGCCAGCAAGUGGAACGCCUUCUUCGACGAUAUCUCGAGAGGCAACGGCUUCGCCGUGUCGUACUACGCCGCGUCCAUGUUGUCCAUCAGCGGACUGAUGCCGGACAACAGCGCCUGUCUGGUGCACAACUGCAGACGAACGGGCUGCGAGCACGACGCGUUGGACGCGUUGGAGCUGAGGGAGGACACUUUGGCAAGUUUCGAAUCGAGAGGAUCGAAGAAUGACGAGGAGCCUGAGGAGGAGGAGGAGGAGAAGGAGGACGUCGACGAGCAGAAGCAACUGGAGCAACCUGACUGGAGCAACAUCGAAUCGGCCAUAAACACCUGCACUUGCAACCUGCAGCGUGUACUCGACGUCUCGAAGCUGUGCAAUACCUGACCUGACCUUGCCUCCAGCGACGUCCAGCGACGAUGAUUGAUGUAUUCAUAGCGUAUCACAUAGCGUAUUCACAUAUUGUCACUGUUCUUUUCAGCUGCACUGCGCAACUAGCGCAAUAAGUUAGAAUGAGACAACUAUAUUUUUCUCUCACUUUAACUUAUUGCACCAGUCCAGUAGUGCAGCUAAGAAGAACAGACCGAUAUAGUGUAUCGAGUGCGACUCGCUUCGAGAGUGUGAGAAAGAGAAACGAUACGACGACGACGGAGAAGGGGAUUCUUUCAACAAUCAAGUCCAUGAACGACGAGCGAGUAACUGAUGUAACUAAACAAUAAGGCCGAAUAAAGAAAUUAGUAGAUUAGGGAAUUUUUAGGUGAGGAGAGAGAGAGAGAGAGAGAGAGAGAGAGAGAGAGAGAGAGAGAAUCGAAUCGUUGUGCGCGAACGAGCGACUUUCUUCGCGCAGGUUUUUUCGAUAAAAUUUCGAUGAAACUCGAAACUAGUAAAGAUAUGCGUUGUGGAAAAUGAUUGUUUCUCUCUCUCUCUCUCUCU